UGAAGAAAACUAUUCAGGUAUCGAGGAUAAGCAGGAGAGGAGUGCAAAAGAGGCUGAGUUGGCGCAUAAUGAAGAUGACAAGGGGAUUAAAGACAUUGACCCGACAAAAAACGAAGAUAGUGUAGAACCUCUUGACUCCCAGAUUGUGGUAUACACAGGGGACACAACCUCGCUGGCGGUUGAGGGCAUGCCAAAACGACAGUCUAAACGUCCAAAAAGAUUCACCUUCUCUGGGCCCCGAAAAGAUAAAAGGAGGAAAGGAGAAAAAGGAAAGGAGCAAGAUAUAGGUGAUGAUGUGUGGCAUGCAAUAAUGGGCCUAUUUAGUUUAGAUCCUUCACAAAUGCCAACUGCAGAAAUGCUUCAAAAAACAGCAGAAAUCAUGCAUGAAGGACUAAUUAAAAACCACAAAAAGAGCAAGGAGAAGAAAUACAAGGCAAGAUAUGAUGGCUUAAAGAUCACAUGCGUGAAAGGAGGAUUCGGGGAUGGAAGCAUUGAUAGGAAGUCAUGGUACUGCACGAUUUACUUCUCAGGGAAUUGGUUAGGUGACACGGUAAAUUUAUAUUGUGUAAUUUUUUUUUCAUAUUACGUAUAUUCACGCGUGUAACGCAGUAAUGAAUACUAAAGGGGAAAAUUUUGUUUUGUGAAGCAUGUGGAGAGAGGGAUGUAUUUCUUAAGGAUGAAAGAUGAACAAUACAAGCUCCGUCAGAAAUUCACGACAACAGACCCUAUGUUUAUGACUUUAGUGAAACAGCAUUACGAGAACCACAUUAACAAUGACACGCCAGUGUCAGAAAGUGCUUUAAAUAAGAAUAUAAUGGGUACCAUACUUGGGACACAUUUGGACUACGCACUGCCAUGGGCUGAAUCGGAGCAUGUCUACAUGCCAUUGAAUACUGGUAACUAGGGGUGGACCGGUUCGGGCCCGGUUCGGCCUGGGCCCGGCCGGGCCUCGGUUCAUAAAAAUGAGGCCCGAGCCCGAACCGGUGGUGGGCGGUUCCGGGUCCGGUUCCGGGCCAGACCGGGCCGGGCCACCCGGAUUUUUAAUUUUUUUUUCUUCUUCUCUUAUUUAAC